AUGCAUAACCGGCUUGAAGCCGCAAUCAGCGCGGCCAGUCAGGCGAAGAACCAUGCACGAGAGACAUCUCUCUCCCUGGCCGAUGCCCGUGAAGCCAUGACGGCACACCAGCACGAGCGACAAAGCCGCGCACAGCAGCGUGCGUUUAUCGAAAAACGUUUGAAUGAGACGGAAGUCUUCCUUGCGCAACUCACAGAUCAACUCCGUGAGAUCCAUGAGAAACGGUCCAUGCGAGACGCUCCCGGCACCAGCGCCGAGCUGAUCGCGCAAGCGAAGCACGCGGUGCAGAAGACGACAAAUCAAUUACAAUCGGCUCAGACAGCCGUGACGGCACAGCGGGAGGCUCUUAAGAAACUCCAGAAUCAAACUGCCGCGGAUGAGGAAAUCACCCGCGCGCUUGAAAUGAAACUUGUCCAUUAUCAGGCAGAGCAGAAUGGCUUCCGCACUCAGGAAGCUCUUCUGCAGCUGCAAAAACAUCUUUUAGAGCUUGAGACCACGGCACAGAGAGACGCAACGCAUAUUGAGGCGCUUGAGAUACGGGCAGAGGAGAUCGGUCGUCAAAUUGCAGCCGCCACCUCCAGCCGGGCUGAGUUAUCGAAGGAUCUCAGCGCCUUGCCUCCUGAAGCGGAAGAUGAAUCCCGACAAGCGCGGGCCAUACAGGUUUACGAGGAUCUUUUACAAAGAUCUUCGGCCGCCACCACUGAUCUGGAGCGUGCCAUCGCGGAGGAAAACACCGCACGCGUCACGUUGGAGCGCGCAAAGAGCCUUCAUGACGCGGCCAUUGCACGAUCUGAGAGCUUGACGGAAAAUCUGCAGAUUUUGAGGGACGAGGGCGCGGAUAUUCAACGUCGCCUUCCCGACUGCGAUGCGACCGAAGAAAGCUCGGCUCUCACACACCUCAAAACAGUGUAUGAGCUUGCACUCCAGCGGAAACUUGACCUGCAGGCACGCCUCAACGAAGUCACAAAUCACCUCAAACAGGCUCGUGAGGCUUUGACCGCGCAGGAAGCGGAGAUCCGAGAGCUACAGGACAGGCUUCUGGCCGGUCGGGCCACCGUGGCCACUCUCGAUGAACGGCUGCACAGUCUUGCAGCGCAGCUUCACGCUGCCCGCGCGGACCUUGAAUCGCUGCCAGAUGUUACGGAUUUGUCGACAGAAAUCGCAUCCGUAAAACGCGCGCAGGACUUGCUGCACACUGCGGAGCGCAAUUUACACGAGGUUGAGCAGAGGAAAAAUGCCAACGAAGCCGCGCUGAAGGAAACAUUAAUAUUCAUUGACGCGGCCCAAGCGCGUUGCGCAGAUCAGGAGCGUCAAAUUUUAGUGCUUGUUGCGGACCUGGAUCGCAUCAGCGCGCGCCAGGCGGAGCUGAAUCAAAAUGAAAAAGAUAUCGAAGAGACAAAACUUGAAA